UGUUAUUAAUUUAAUCAAAUUAUCUUUACCUUGGAAAAGUGUAACAUCUUAAUCACAAUUUAAUUAGUUAAUUGUUUUCUUUUUCUACUUUUCAUUCGAUUAAUCAGUCAACACAUUAUCAUUACCAUGGCUGAUAAGAACAUAAACGAAUAUGAAUUUGAAUAUACAAAGGUCACCAAAACAACUAAAGUAAUCAGUGGAUUGUCUCUUCUUUAUGGUAAAGAAUUGAAAGAAUAUGAUAAUAUACCUAUCGAGGAUUUAUUGAAUCAAUUAACCGAAGAUGAGAUCGAUGAAUUAAUCAACGAUGUCGAUCCAGAUGAUUCACAUAUUCCACCUUCUUUAAGGUGUAGAGAGCAGACAAAAAAAGCGCCAACAGGACCUUUGAAUAGAGCGAAACUGUUGGAGUUUUUAAAAAAUUUUGCCCUCAAUCAGGAAGAUUGGCCGGAAAAUAAGCCCUUCCAACCCGGUGUUAAACGAGGUGCUGUUUGGAAACCCAAGGAAACACCUAAAGUUUCAGAUGAGGAGACACGAAUUAUGUUGGACUUGGAUGAUGAAUCAAGUGAUGCGUUGAAAAAUGCCACCGAAUCCGAUCUCGUUGAUCUCGCCGGUAUUUUAGGUUUACAUUCAUUGCUAAAUCAAGACCAGUUUUAUGCUUCCAUUACCAAUAAAGGUCAAGGAUCAGAGGCCAAAUUUGAGUCCAUCGUGAAAGCAACAGUACCCAAGCGAGUGCCCAAUCUACCAGACAAUGCUACCGAUGUUGGUAAAACGAUGAAACAAGUCAGUGAAAACGAUAAAAAGUUACAAGAACUCAAUUGGAAUAACAUUAAACACAUACCAAGAGAUUCAUUCAAAAAACUAUUCGAAGGUCUCAAGACAAACACAACCCUUAAAACAUUAGACUUGGCCAAUACAGGAUUAACUGAUGGCCCAACAGCGGUGUUGGUUGAAGCGCUCAAAGAAAACAAAACAUUGACCUGUCUCAAUUUGGAAUCCAAUUUCCUUUCUGGUUCCAUGGUUAGAGAUGUUCUUGCAGCAAUUAACGUAAAUCAAGUUAUUCGUGAAUUUCGAGCCUCAAAUCAAAGACCAGCUAUUCUAGGUAACAGAAUUGAAAUGGAAAUAACCAAAUUGGUGGAAGCAAACAAUUCACUUCUUCGACUUGGUUUACAUUUAGAUGCUCCUGACGCUCGAGCAAGAAUAGCCCAACAAAUACAGAAAAAUAUCGAUUCGAUACGCUUAGAUCGAAACAAUCUUCGAACUGUACAAGUUUUUUAAGAAUCUUAAUUUGUAAAUGACUUUCAGCUUCUGUAAAUCAAUUUCUAUGGUUUUCAAAGAUGCUUUCAUAUGUAUAUUCAGGUAAUCAAAGUUAAAUCUUGAGAUCGCAACUAUGGUUUACGCGAUUAAUUUGGAUUUAAUUGUUGAUUUUCCAGUUGAUGAAACCAAUUUUCUCUCAUUAGCUAAUUAAGGCAAACAUUUUUCAAUUUAUUACUCUAUUAUUUAAAUAGAUUUUUAACCGAUAUUGACUUUCAAAGUACUGAUUCAAAGUAGCUAAGCUACUUAAAAACUAAUCGACUAUAAGCUGGCUAGACAAUCACGACUGUUGGCUGCAGCCACGAGAUUGGCUAAUGUUCACUCUUCAUGGUAAGAAAAGUUAUCUUAACUUUCACCUUAAACUUUUGAUACCAAUUCCAAAUCUUCAAUUGGACCCUUGGAUAAUUUGACUGACCAUCACUCGACUAAUCAAAUACUUACCUACUUAAAAUCCUCAGAACGGAACUUUUCAUGCUCGAACCACAGCUCACACAAUUGAAACUUUACUGUAAUUCUAAAUUCCCCUCCGUAAGUGUCUAACAUAAACUUCCUGCCAUUGAAGAGCUACAACAAUUAACUGUUGUUAGAAAUUUUAAAUCAUUGACCUGUAACAAUGGAAAUAAAUUAUAACGGUAAAAAAAUUUACAAAUUGUA